AUGCGCAACCUACUCGCGCAGCUGCUGGCCGUCGGGCCAGAGCUAGCAACAUACAUACUGACCGUGCCCCUGUUGGCCGCCCGGCCGACGUACGCUCUCACGCAAACCGCGGCGUCAUCACCGAAUCUCGACCUCCAACAACUCGGCCGCGUCGCAAUCGGAGGAGACUUUGAUUCCGUAUCGCUGUACACCUACGAAGGGCAAAAUGAGAACCUCUCAAGUAAUGGCAGCCAGUCGCUGCUCACACGAUAUCCCAAUGGCGCGUUUGAGUCGCUCGCUCUGGUCGAUGCGGAUGCGUCUAUCGCCGCGAUGUGCUCGUUCAUCAGCCGAGAUGGGACAAAUAAUGGAGUCGUGCUAGGCGGAAAUUUCACCAGCGUAGGAGGCCAGAAAGCUGGGCCCAUUGCGUUGUGGAAUCCCAACACGAACGUAAUAACCGACCUCCCUGGACUCACUGGGCAGGUGCACGCACUCUACUGCGAUCAAUAUUCGACGACUGUUUACGUCGGUGGUAACUUCAUGGGCGGCAACUCGACGAACUCGAUGGCAUGGACGACAGGCUGGCAGGAUUUCCCAUUCGCCGGGUUUAAUGGACCCGUGAACUCCAUCACGAAGAAUUCCGCAGGGAACAUUGUCUUUGGUGGUGAGUUCACUGGAUUGGGAGAUGCCACGACUCCUUCGCAGCCCGAUGCACAAGUAGUGAACCUUUUGGGCGGAACGAUCACCGGUUUCAACACGGCCGCCUCAAGCGAUCCGAGGAGCAUCAUUUGCAGCACAGCCGACUCGGGAAAUCAAUGGCUUCUUGCAGAUGACACUGCAGGAUACUGGGAGGGUCAGUACGGCUUCGGCUUUAACCCGACCAAGUUACGGUUGUACAACGCACAAGGCGGCCACGGCACCAAGUCCUGGUACUUCGAGAGACUUGAUGAUGGCGGCAUUCUCAACUUCACCUACGUCGAUCCUACCACCGGUCAGAAUUCUUCUUGCUCACAGAGUUGCCCACUUCCGGAGAACAACAGCACUGCUCAGGACUUUCACUUCGUCAACACCGUGGGAGUCAGUGGACUGCGCAUCUAUGUUACCGAAUGGUAUGGGUCGAGUGGUGGCCUGAGUGGGAUUGAGAUCUUCCAGGACGACAUCUACAGCUACGCUGUCGCCAAUUUCAACGAGCCUAAGUGUGAUGGCAUCAGCAAUGGAUCCAGUUCGGUGGCCACCCCCAACUCGACCUGGACAGAAGUUGCGAACCGUGAUCUGACUCCAGCCAACUUCCUCUCCGCCUACUUCACCAACUCCGACUCGAUCAAUGCGUCAACCAACGUCGUCUUCCAGCCGAACAUCCAACAGUCUGGCAACUACUCCGUCAUGAUGUACACCCCAGGUUGCAUCAUGGACGGCUCCUGUGGGACGAGAGGACAAGUCAACAUCACCGGAUCCAUGACAUCGGACACCGCGCCCAUCACCACGACACUGUUCCAGACCAACAACUACGACAAGUUCGACCAAAUUUAUUACGGCUACAUCGACACAGACAACUUCAGCCCAGAGGUGACGCUGUCGCCAGUCUCUGGCCAAUCCGCCCCACUGACCGUCGUAGCGUCUAGAGUACGCUUCGAUCUCGUCUCGACUACUGGUGGCCUCAAUGGACUCUACGAGUACACUCCCGGCCUGGCAGCCAACACCGACGACUUCUCCAAGUCUGCGAUCAACUCGGCUGGCUCGAACUUGAACGAUCAAGCAAUGAUCAACGCCGUCAUCCAGGACGAGGAUAACGAGACUCUGUAUGUUGCUGGUGACUUCGCUGGAGGUGACGUGCACAACGUCAUGUCGGUCAAAGAGAACGGAACUGCACUGCCCGGUGGUGGUCUCAACGGACAGGUCGCUGCGAUGCAACUAAAUGGAUCGAGACUCUACCUCGGCGGCACUUUCAGCAACACUCAGGACAACUCAGUCACGGGUCUCAACAACCUUGCUGUCUUCUCCAUCGACGAAAAUGUAUGGACACCCCUCGGUGCGGGCGUAUCUGGAUCGGUCUUUGACAUCACACCGCUGCCUCUCAACAUCUCAGACAACAACCUCCAGAACUGCUUCGCGAUCAGUGGUAACUUCACGUCCGUGAACGAGUUCUCUGACAAUGCGGCUUUUGAUGCAGAGGGCUUUGCAGUCUGGGUGCCGGCGCAGAGCAACUGGUUGAACAACAUCGCGAACGCAUCACUGGCGCUGAACGGUUUCUUGACUGCCUGGGCCACGGUGCCUGACAUGGCGCCAGUCUAUGCAGGCACGAUCAAGUCGCAAGGCUCUGACUAUGGUGAUGUCGUGGAACUUGUGGGAUCCGGCGUGCCUGGGCUGCAGUCUCUAGGCGUUCGACUCGAGCCUGGUGCAUCGAGCAGCUCUACCAACAGCUCGUCCACCAAGCGAAAGCGUGCCCUGACGACUCAAUCCUCUGGCCGAAACUACACUGGUGUAUAUGAGGGACUGUUCUACGGCGAUAACAAUCUCAAUAUCACUAUUAUCGGCGGCAACUUCGCAACCAACAUGAGCAACGGCUCAACAAUCAACAACCUCAUCUUCAUCAACGCGACCAACAACGGUCAAGCGACGGUCUCUGGCACGAGCGGCUUGGAUAGCGACUCGAUCUUUGUGGCAAUGGAUACGUACAACACCAUGCUCUUCGCUGGUGGAGCGGUCAACGGCACUGUGAAUGGCAAUGAUGCUACUGGACUGGUCGUAUAUGACCUCUCGGCCAAUGCAUUCGCCAACCCGCACCCUCCUGCGCUCGGCGGCGACAACGUCGUAGUCAAUGUCAUUGCAACACAACCAGACAGCAGCAAUGUUUUCGUUGGCGGCAGUUUCCAAACGGCUGGAUCGCUUCAAUGCGAGACGCUUUGCUCCUAUGAUGCUGGAGUCAUGCAGUGGCAGAACACAGGCGCAGGUCUCUCCGGCACUAUCAAUGCCAUGUUCUGGUCGUCCAAGACACAACUCAUCAUCGCUGGCAACCUCACAGUCAAUGGCAAUGCUACCACUAUGGCGACGUACGACGCCAAGAAGCAGACCUUUGAGGAGUACACUGGCGCAUCAACCUUGCCUGGCCCCAUUUCGGCUAUCUCUGCGGUCAGCAGCGACUACGAUCAGUUCUGGGUAUCUGGCGUAGCGACCAGCAACAGCUCGACUUACCUGGCGAAGUACCAGGACGGCGUUUGGACCGGAGCUGGUGGGCUUGGAGACUCUACGACAAUUCGCAAGCUGCAGAUCAUGCCGCUCACCUCUCCUCACGCGACCAGCGACCUGAUGUCGGCCGAUCAAUCCUUGCUGAUAUUGGGAGAUGUCAACAUCCCUACCGAAGGCAACGCAAGCGCUGUGCUUUUCAACGGCACCACAUACGAGCCCUACAUCCUCACCAACAUGAAUGACGGCAGCCAAGGCAGUCUCUCGGCCAUCUUCGUCGGCAACCCGCAGUACUUCAUGGAGAAGAAUGAUCAUCAUCUCGCCCUUGGAUUGGUGGUACUCAUCGGUCUUGCUAUCUCCCUGGCCAUCAUCUUCUUCAUCGUCGUUGCCGGCAUUCUGAUCGAACGUCGUAGGAGACGAAAGGAGGGCUACGUACCGAUGACCGCCACGUUUGACAGGAGCAACAACAUCGCUCGGGUCCCACCUGAGUCCCUGUUCCACAACCUGGAAGGCAAGCCAAGCCCGCCAAAGCUAUGA